UAAUAAUAAUAGGGACAAAACCCCACAAAAAAAAAAAAAAAAAGCUCGCCCGAAAGUUAAUUGUUUUUUGGGUUCCCAAUUUGCUCUGUUCUCCCUCUCUCUCAUCAUCAUCAAUUCAAUCAUCACUCCUUUUCUCUUCCUCGUUUUAUGAUUUUUGUUCUCUGCAAAAGACAGAGCAGCAACCACAGAUCGCCAUCACCCUCCGCCAGCUCUCACUGACUCUCCCGCAUCUUCUCCUCUAAGGACUGGACUGGAUUGGAUUGAAUGAAGCAGUGAUUGCCUAAACCGCCACUGCUCUCUCUCUCUUUUUUCCCUUCUCCGAUUGAUACUUACUCAAUCCUCCCGCCGCCUAGGGCUCCUUUUCUCUCUCUCUACGGAACUCAACUGUUGAAUUCUUUUUGUUGGGGACUUGAGCAAUACCCAGCUAGUGGCUUCCUCAUAUACCGAGGGGCACAAGUUGGAUACUAUAAGCAAAUUCAACAAUGGACCCUAAUGGUGGCCAAAAAGUGAAGCGAAGGAAUCCACUUGUGCAUGAAAAUGGUGAUUUCGCACUUUCUAGCCUCGGUGAUGUAGACCCAUGGACUGCAUGGGCAUACAAGCCACGCACCAUCUCGCUUCUACUUAUUGGUGCAUGCUUCCUGAUUUGGGCUAGUGGAGCGCUUGACCCUGAGAUCAGCACAGGUGGUGAUGUUGUUACGUCGGUGAAAAGAGGUGUAUGGGCUAUGAUCGCAGUUUUUCUUGCUUAUUGCUUGCUGCAAGCUCCAUCAACGAUUCUUAUAAGGCCACAUCCAGCACUUUGGAGGCUAGUUCAUGGCAUGGCUGUUAUCUAUCUUGUCUCCCUCACUUUUUUGCUUUUUCAGAAACGUGAUGAUGCUAGACAGUUCAUGAAAUUCCUUCACCCCGAUCUUGGAGUGGAGCUUCCUGAAAGGUCUUAUGGAGCAGAUUGUCGCAUUUAUACACCUGAAAAUCCUACAAGCAGGUUUAAGAAUCUUUAUGACACAUUUUUCGAUGAAUUUGUUCUAGCUCAUAUUUUUGGAUGGUGGGGCAAGGCUAUACUCAUCCGCAAUCAGCCUCUUCUUUGGGUGUUAUCUGUUGGAUUCGAGUUCCUAGAGUUUACUUUUCGCCACAUGUUGCCAAAUUUCAAUGAGUGCUGGUGGGACAGUAUCAUUCUCGAUAUACUGACAUGCAACUGGUUUGGUAUUUGGGCAGGUAUGCGUACUGUAAGGUACUUUGAUGGGAAAACGUACGAGUGGAUUGGUAUUAGCCGGCAGCCUAAUAUUAUGGGCAAGGUGAAACGAACACUUGGACAAUUUACACCGGCACAGUGGGACAAGGAUGAAUGGCACCCUUUACUUGGUCCGUGGCGUUUUCUUCAAGUUCUGACCCUGUGCAUAGUCUUCCUGACAGUAGAACUGAACACAUUCUUUCUCAAGUUCUGUCUUUGGAUCCCUCCACGCAACCCUGUGAUAAUAUAUAGAUUGAUCUUGUGGUGGUUAAUUGCCAUACCAACAAUCCGUGAAUACAAUUCCUAUCUUCAGGAUCGGACACCGUUUAAAAAGGUUGGAGCUUUUUGUUGGCUUUCCGUUGCAAUUUGCAUUAUUGAGCUUCUCAUCUGCAUCAAGUUUGGACAUGGUUUGUAUCCAGCUCCUAUGCCUAGGCUGUUAGUUGUCUUGUGGACUGGUGCAGGCGUUACCCUGGUAGCAUUCGUGCUUCUAUGGUCAUGGCAAUUGCAUCGAAGAAGUCGUGAGAGAAAGAGACGAUGAUUUCUCAUAGUGGUUUUGCUGGUAGUCGCUCACUCUAUCUUAUUGUUUUUUUGGCUUGUCAUAGAUGGUGGGUUUGGGGUAGGGUCUUGUACAUACCCUGUCUCUCUGCAUAGAGAAACUGUAAAUGCUGAUAUAUCUUGUUGGAUCUUUUCACAGUUCCUGAGAUUAGCAUAGAGAAUCACAUUGAUAGAGUUGUUUCUGCAUAGGAUUUCUAGUCCUUUGAGUUGCUAAUUUGAGCGCAUCGGUAAAUUGGGUUGUCUGUUCCGUUCAGAGUCGUGUGUGUCUUAGGCUUUGAACACGAAUAUGGGAUUUGGUGAACAAGGUUUCUGAGGAAGUACAGAUUUGAGUGAAGCUAUAGCCUUUGUAGGAGGCAUUCAUGAGUGUUUGAUUUGCUGAAGAAACGAUGUGGCUUGGUUUGAUGUUUUUUUUAUCCCCAUGGAAGGUGAUUUUACUGCUGAAUGGAAUUGAUUUUUCACAUGUA